AUGGAUGCUUUAUCGGAAACAGUGACAUCAUAUCGUAUCGCCUGCAUAUUCUCUCAAUCAUACCCAAACCGUCACUCUGUCCCUGAAGCAUGCCGCACAGGAGAGGUUGACUGGAGACACUUUCGUGAGCAUAUGCGGAAGAAACAUGUCUGCAAAUGCGGCAAUAAUUGCAAAACGCCCAUGCACUUCUCAGCCAAACGUAUCGACGAUAUCCUCAAAUUACGCAAGAAGGAUGGUGAUCCAUAUGACAUGGUAUGGACUGAGAUGUAUCGACUCGCCCAUCCCGGUGCCGUUCAUGUACCAGCCCCGUUCAUCCCGACUUUCAAUCAGGCUCUGGCUGCUGUGCGUAACCCUACUGAAGGUUUCAUGAAGAGAUUAGUCCUCGAUUUUGCCAGCCAAGGUGGAACAAGCCAACAGGAAGCGACCAAGAACUUGAGCAUCCUUUACAAAUACCUACCAGUCUUCUACAAUACACUUAGCAGAACCGGUCCAGAGGCCACUAUUCAUACUGUGGCGCAGGCAGACAGCCUUGAGAACCUCUCAAGUAAUUCUCCAUUCACAGAUGAAGAAGGUCCACUCCAGCUUCCAACACCUGCUGCAGACUCUGUUCCUACUCACGCGUCCACACCGGGUUGGGAAGGCCCAUCGAUGGAUCACUGGACAAUUGGUGAGAUGGCACGGGAAGAGCAGGAGCACAUGGAUUUCUUAGAGAAAGAAUAA